AUGGCUUUCCUUCCAAAGUGGUUAACUUUUCUAAAAGGCAAAGAGGUUGUUAUUGCCAAUGCAAUAAUUGCAAUAUUGACAAUUGGUGGGCAGCAACUUUUCUCUUUUUUCACAUUCAGCUGUCCCUGUCAUGUUGGACAGAACCUUAUCUAUGGGUUGGCUUUCCUAGGAGUGCCUGCACUGAUCCUUCUGAUUGUUGGCUACGCCCUGAACAACCAGACUUGGAGGCUGGUUAUGGGCAAAAGGUCUCAUUUUGGGAAGGUGAUUUCAUCAAACUGGUUGCUGAAAUGCAAAUUGGUCUGCUUUGUCUUGUGCAGCAUCACUGGGAGGGCACUGGUUGCUCCAGUCACAUGGCUUGCAGUCACCCUGAUAAAUGGCUCAUAUUAUAUCUGUGCUGUGAGCGAGUAUGUGCCUGUGUAUUACUAUGGAGUUGCUCCUAAUGUUAGUGCUAGUGAGCGCAGUAGGAUAUUGGCUACCUUUCCCUGCAGCCAGCUGGUUCCUCCAGAGCUGACCCGGGCAAGAGAUGAAGUGAUUCUGCUCCUCCGAUACCAGUCACAAGUGGCUGGCUGGCUUCUGAUUGCUGUGGUGGUCAUCACUGUGUUCCUCUCUUACUGCCUGGCAAGCUGUUUCUCCCCACUCAGCUUUCUACAUUUCAGAUACUGGAACAGCUAUGUCCACAAUGAGCAGGAGCUCUUCGAUGAGGCCACAGAUCAGCACUCCAGGCUCUAUGCCAUGCAGAAUGUAAGGAAGUUCUUUGGCUUCUUCCCAGGAAGUGAGACUGUAAAAGAGAUUCGUAUCCCAUCUCUCAAGGAGUGGCAGGCCGUUUCUGGACUGGCCUUUCUAAAACGAGUGGAUGAGGAGCACUAUGAUUACAGCCUCCUCCAUGACUGGGCACUCAAGGAGCGUGCAAGUGGAAAGUAUCUGAGGAUUGAUGAAGACCCUGGAAUCAUAACACAGCUCUGAAGAUCCAACCCCCCACAAUACCCUGCCGAAAAGCAGGAACCUGUCUAGCUCUAUAUCAGACCUGAGCUGGAACUUUCUGAUACAGUAUAACAUUGAUGUAUAAAUU